CACCUCGGUGGCCCGCUCUCUUCCUGCGCAGUUCUCCUCCGCAGCCUCUGCGGGGAAGUGCCGGAGCUGCUCUCAAGGCUCAGUUCUUACGGCUGCGAGGAGGCAGCCCUGGCGUGCGGCCGUACGCACCAUCUAGAGUGGCCGGGACGCGGGAGUGUACCAUUCUGGCCUUGAGCGGGCCGUCGUGCCACAGGAGCAGCCCCUCCGCCAGCAGUUACCGCCGCCCCGACUUUCCGUUCCAGUUGCAGCUCCGACCGGGCAACAUGUCAAGAGCCACCGCCGCUACAGCUGCCGCCGCCACCUGGGGAAGAGCAGCAGCGGCGGCGGCCGCGGGCACGCGGGGGCAAUAAAGCAAGCCACCCGGGCGUCCAGCGGGCCGGGGGACCCUUUCCGCGCUCACUGCUCCGGCGGGACCCGCGCCAUGUGCUGAGCCAUGUCCCUGGCCGCGCCUGCGGGCAGCGCAUGGGGCAGCGCCUGAGUGGCGGCCGAUCCUGCCUCGAUGUCCCCGGCAGGCUCCUGCCGCAGCCGCCUCCGUCCCCGCCGCCGGUGAGGAGGAAGCUCGCGCUGCUCUUCGCCAUGCUCUGCGUCUGGCUCUACAUGUUCCUGUACUCGUGCGCCGGCUCGUGCGCCGCCGCGCCCGGGCUGCUGCUGCUGGGCUCGGGGUCCCGCGCCGCUCACGAUCCGCCAGUCCUGGCCACUGCUCCGGACGGGACGCUCCCCCGGCUGCCGUUCCAGGGGCCGGUCGCCACUCCGCUGGCUGCGGGCAAGGAGAUGGCCGAGGGCGCAGAGAAUCAGGAGGAGCAGAGUCCUGAGGCGCCGGACUCCCCCAGCCCCAUCUCCAGCUUUUUUAGUGGGUCUGGGAGCAAGCAGCUGCCGCAGGCCAUCAUCAUCGGCGUGAAGAAGGGCGGCACGCGGGCGCUGCUGGAGUUCCUUCGGGUGCACCCCGACGUGCGCGCCGUGGGCGCCGAGCCCCACUUCUUCGACCGCAGCUAUGACAGGGGCCUCGCCUGGUACCGGGACCUGAUGCCCAGAACCCUGGAGGGGCAGAUCACCAUGGAGAAGACGCCCAGCUACUUCGUGACGCGGGAGGCGCCCGCGCGCAUCUCAGCCAUGUCCAAGGACACCAAGCUCAUCGUGGUGGUGCGGGACCCGGUGACCAGAGCCAUCUCGGACUACACACAGACGCUGUCCAAGCGGCCCGACAUCCCCACCUUCGAGAGCCUGACGUUCAAGAACAGGACGGCCGGCCUCAUCGACACGUCGUGGAGCGCCAUCCAGAUCGGCAUCUACGCCAAGCACCUGGAGCACUGGCUGCGCCACUUCCCCCUCGGCCAGAUGCUCUUCGUGAGCGGCGAGCGGCUCAUCAGCGACCCGGCCGGCGAGCUGGGCCGCGUGCAGGACUUCCUGGGCCUCAAGAGGAUCAUCACGGACAAGCACUUCUACUUCAACAAGACCAAGGGCUUCCCCUGCCUGAAGAAGGCCGAGGGCAGCAGCCGGCCGCACUGCCUGGGCAAGACCAAGGGCCGGCCGCACCCGGACAUAGACGGCGAGGUGGUGCGCAGGCUGCGCGACUUCUACCGGCCCUUCAACCUCAAGUUCUACCAGAUGACCGGGCACGACUUCGGCUGGGACUGAGCGGACCCGGGCCGUGUAACUUACCACGUGGCUUAUAUAUUGAGAGAGAGUAUAUGUAUGUAAAAUGUACAGAAAUCUAUUUUAUAAUAAUUUAUUUUUAAUUCAUAAGCAAUUAAUUCACUAAGCUGCCUGGCCACACUCUUUAGAGAGUUAGCGUCAUAAUCUGUUAACAUUCCAAAGUGUUGAACUCUAGUAUUUUGUUCUAUUCUUCACAAUUGAUGGUGCUUCUGUUUUUUGGGUUUUUUUUUUUCCUCCCCUCCCUAUUAUAUUUAAAAAGAAGAAAAGCACAACUUGAGAUUUUGGUUGUUACGGGUAUUCAGCCUUGAGUCUCCGUCUGAGUUCUCCAGUUGCUGCCUCCUUGUGUCUUGGGUCUCAUAUUCCGGCAUCGUGUCUUCCCGCCCGCGGACCUCGUAGGAGCGCUGAGCUGCCACAGCAAUGCUGUGUGCCAAAGGUCAGACCUCACGUAGCAGCUGCCCUGCAGAUGUGGCAUCAUUUCUAGUGACUCCAACCACAGAGCUAGGGUUUCCCCACCCCCACUCUGCACGUAGGGGAAUCGCUUGCUUCCUUUUUUGGAACACCCACAUCCUUUUAGGGUCAGAACGCCAGGGUCCAUUUGCUUUAGCUUUCGAUUUUGAAGGAUGGCCCAGCAUCCUCUUCUGCCCCAUCCCCUGCUUCAUUAACCAGCUGGAAGGGUAUGCAGAUGUUAGCCCCUUUCUUUCCCAGGUCACGUGUGUGAGUUGCUUGGGUGCUGCUUUAGAAAUACAGAGGAUCUCUUCUAAUUUGCAUGAGAGCACACCAUGCUCCAUUCUCCAGGCAGACAAUUCUGCUUCGACACACCAAAGAACCCCAUAGGCUAGCAGAGCCACCGGCACAAACCAAGGAUGCUGGAUGUCAAGACCCAGAGGCGUCAGAUGUGUCCCUUACCAUCAGCACCUACCAAGGUGCUGCUAGGUGCAGAGUCAGCCGGUGUUAGGCAAUAGGCCCACAGCCUCCGUAGGCUGAAAAGACGAAGACCCAAGAAUGACAGGCAGCCUGGCAUGGGGAGGGAAUCCCUGGCACCCUGGCUUGAUGUCUCCUUGGAAUUCCUAGCUUAUCUCCGAAUGACAUCUCAGAGUGACAACAUGGUCUGUAGUCAAUAGCCAAACGGCAAGAACCAAGAGUGGCCCUUAUAAAGACAGGCUGGGGAAGCUGGCCCCAUGUUACCUGUAAAUACUUGAACCUGACAUUUGUACAGCUGUCCCUUGUUUUAGCCAGGUCUUGACAGAAGGGUUACCAGCAUUGUCACUGCUGUGCAGAAUGGUCUCCACGUAUCUCUCAGGUAAGAGAGGUAGGUAUUGCAGCUCGUUUAUGAUGACUAGACAGUUGGGUAACCAUAUUCCAAUUUAGGGGCAGUUGGUUGAACAUAUAGCAAUAUCACGUAAUGACAUAUCCUGCUUAUCCUCAACUUUCUAAACCAGAAUGCUUCUACCAGAAAGAAUUAUUUGAGUUAUACUUUCAUCAAGGAAUAUGUGGGAAGAUAUACAUAUUGACAAAAUGGUUUAGAUGUGAUAUUUACAAAGGACGCUUUUGAAUUAUUAUGUGGGAUAACUUGCCUGAUAGUGUAAGAAAACUUGUAUGAAAAGGGAAAGAUAAUUCAUCUUUAGAAACUGAUCAAAGAUGCCCGCUGGUCUUCAAGUGGUACCCUGAUAAAUCUGGUUUGUAUUUGCUCACAAGUUUUAGCCCAGAUCUGGCUAGUUUACGCCUAGCAGCAAAACUAUCAUUGUGUGUGUUCUGUUCUGGAGGAAGCUCUUCUGGGGUUGUGUGCAUUCCUCAGAUGCUAAAUCCAUUUCAUAGCUUUUUCACUGUCUCUAGAAAGUGAUGCCGGACCUGUACUUAGGAGACACCUUAAUCAUAGCAUGGUUCUGCCCUCUUGCUCCUUGGGUGUGAAAAAUACCUGCGUAAGGGUGCUAAUUGGCUGUGCAUUUUUCCAUUUAUUUGAAAUCAAACUGAGAACAACUCUUUUUGGUUACAGCAUAGCAUGGCUUGAAGUAGAAGGCAAUAUCCAAGUCCUGCACCUAGUCUUGCCCUGUCUACUUUCUGGCCACUCUUGUGACCUGAUGUGGCUCAGGAUGUAGGAUUGCAGAAGGGUUCGGAGAAGGGUGUGCGACAAAGCCGUAGGAAAGCGUGCGUGAGCCUUUCCUCCCCCGGCAGGUCCCUGCCCUCUUUCCAAGCUGGACAAUUUUUGAUUGUUUAUUCCCUGCCUUAAAAUAAAACUGAAACAGGAAAUUUUUAGAUAGAAGUAGGGUCAUUUAGUCAUGAACACUGAAGUGGGUCAAAAUUCUAUUCUGGGUCAAAUUCUUGAAUCCCAAACAGAUGUCCAUAAUUAGUACCGAUGGAGCAGAGCAAGUUUUUCUAUGUAAGACAAAUAAAUCAAACAUCAUGUGCAUCUCUUCCUAGGGGUCUGAUAGCUUGUAGCUCCUGACUGACCCGGAUUACACCCCAUCAUGUGACAGUUAUUACAGAACCUGUGUGUCUUCCUCCUGGAGAAGUUAGGCAAUGUGGAAAAUUAUGCCUUGGGUUUCUUCCUGUUCUAGCAAUCUGCAAGGCCACCAAGCUUAACUUUUUAGCUGCUAGAAGACAAACACCAUUUUAUGUUUUGGCAAUUUGUCUUAGCACAUGUUUCGAAGUUCUUCUAGUUUGCAGGAAGCUCUGGUAUUCAUCGCAGUACUUUAUUUCUCUCAAGUUUUGUUUCUUUUCUCAUUUGAAACAAAAAGGUUAACAAAAAAAUUGGAGAUUUUUAUUGUUUGCAUCUAUCCCAUGCUUUCUUUGCAGUGUUUGUACAGUAGUCUAUUAACUUAGUAGGUGGUACCUGGAAAGGUAUUUUAGGUACAGUGCUUUCAUAAUAAAUACUUCAUUGGAUGAUGGAAGAGGAGAAAUUGGCAUUCUCUUUGGGAGUCAUUUUGAGUGACAGAAACAUUAUAGACCUUUGGAGAAACACAGUUUCAGAUCCUGCCAGGAUAUUUUUGUAAGAAAGGAAAAUGGAAGGUUCCAAUAAACUAGAAACAGUAUGUAUCUAAGAUGCUGACACAGAAGUUAAUGUCAUUUUUCUAUUUGGUUUAUGAAGAAGGAUGGUCAAUAAAACUUAAAGGUGUGGUUAGAUUUUGUUUUCAUUUUUGCAACAUUAAUUUAUGACUGAGUCUCAUUCAGCCCAAUAAUCUAAAAUACUGUGCAAAUUCUAGCAGUAUGUCUUCUAUAACCUGGAUGUUAGAAUAGCCAAUAUGUACAAAAAAAUUAAGUAUUUUGUCCUAUGUAUAACACAAAUUAAUUUUACACAGAGAAAGAUGUUUCUAGGAAAAUGAAAUUCUGGUAAUUCAUACUAUUUCUUUGUAUGAACAAAUAAAAUAUAUUUU